CGCGCUCCCCGGGCCGCCUGCCCGCCGCCGGCCGGGCCCGCUGGGUGGGCGCGGGACCGCUUCUACCGGCUGGCGGCGGUGACGCGGCGACCUUGGCCCGGAGGCUCCAACAGAAACCCACCGAAGCCCCAGCGGCCGCGACAGCGCGGACUUUGCCCAGCGCGGGAGGCGGAGCGCACUGCAAAGAUGUUAGCCUUCGCCGCCAGGACCGUGCCCAGGCAAGUGGCUGCCUCUUGCUAGGUUCUGCUCGCCCACUUGGUAGCACAGUUAGGCUUAGAGAUCCAGCCAAGGCAGACAGACAGGGCUCAGGACCUCAGUCCUGCCAUGGAGGAGGACGGGCAGCAGAGAGAGAAGGUGAAGCCUCUGGGCUUCCUCAAGCCCUCCUCCCUGACGAAGGUGUCCGGCCGCUUCAAGGCACACCAGGAUGCGCUGCCGCGGCUGCCCGUGCCCCCUCUCCAGCAGUCGCUGGACCAUUACCUCAAGGCGCUGCAGCCCAUCGUGAGCGAGGAGGAGUGGGCGCAGACCAAGAAGCUGGUGGACGAGUUUCAGGCUUCAGGCGGCGUGGGGGAACGCCUGCAGAAGGGGCUGGAGCGCAGGGCCAGGAAGACAGACAACUGGCUGUCUGAGUGGUGGCUCAGGACAGCCUACCUCCAGUUCCGCCAGCCUGUGGUCAUCUACUCCAGCCCGGGCGUGAUUCUGCCCAAGCAGGACUUCGUGGAUGUGCAGGGCCAGCUCAGAUUUGCUGCCAAGCUCAUCGAGGGCGUGUUGGUGUUCAAGGCCAUGAUUGACAAUGAGACUCUGCCUGUGGAGUACCUGGGGGGGAAGCCCCUGUGCAUGAACCAGUACUAUCAGAUCCUGUCCUCAUGCCGCGUGCCGGGCCCCAAGCAGGACUCGGUCAGCAACUUCAGCAAGACCAAGAAACCGCCCUCGCACAUCACCGUGGUGCACAACUACCAGUUUUUUGAGCUGGACGUGUACCACAGCGAUGGGACGCCCCUCACUGCCGAUCAGAUCUUCAUGCAGCUGGAGAAGAUCUGGAACUCUUCACUGCAGACCAACAAGGAGCCCGUGGGCAUCCUGACCUCCAACCACCGCAACUCCUGGGCCAAGGCAUACAACACCCUCAUCAAAGACAAGGUGAACCGGGAGUCGGUGCGCUCCAUCCAGAGGAGCAUCUUCACCGUGUGCCUGGACGCGCCCGUGCCGAGGGUCUCUGAGGACGUGUACCGCAGCCGCGUGGCCGGCCAGAUGCUGCACGGGGGCGGCAGCAAUCUCAACAGCGGCAACCGCUGGUUCGACAAGACGCUGCAGUUCAUCGUGGCAGAAGAUGGCUCCUGUGGGCUCGUUUAUGAGCACGCAGCGGCGGAGGGGCCCCCCAUUGUCUCCCUUGUGGACCAUGUGAUGGAGUUCACGAAGAAGCCCGAGCUCGUUCGGUCUCCCAUGGUGCCCCUGCCCAUGCCCAAGAAGCUGCGGUUCAACAUCACCCCCGAGAUCAAGAACGACAUUGAGAAGGCCAAGCAGAACCUCAGCAUCAUGAUCCAGGACCUGGACAUCACAGUGAUGGUGUUCCACCACUUUGGAAAGGACUUCCCCAAGUCUGAGAAGCUGAGCCCAGAUGCCUUCAUCCAGAUGGCCCUACAGCUGGCCUACUACAGGAUCUACAAGCAGGCGUGUGCCACCUACGAAAGUGCUUCCCUGCGCAUGUUUCACCUGGGCCGCACAGACACCAUCCGCUCGGCCUCCAUAGACUCACUGGCCUUCGUCAAGGCCAUGGAUGACUCUAAUGUGACGGAGCAUGAGAAGGUGGAGCUGCUACGGAAGGCGGUGCAGGCCCACCGAGCCUAUACCGACCGAGCCAUCCGAGGGGAAGGCUUCGACCGGCACCUGCUGGGCCUAAAGCUGCAGGCCAUCGAGGACCUGGUGAGCAUGCCAGACAUCUUCAUGGACACCUCCUACGCCAUCGCCAUGCACUUCCACCUCUCCACCAGCCAGGUCCCUGCCAAGACAGACUGCGUCAUGUUCUUUGGGCCUGUGGUCCCAGACGGCUACGGUGUCUGCUAUAACCCCAUGGAGGCCCACAUCAACUUCUCCCUGUCCGCCUACAACAGCUGUGCAGAGACCAACGCCGCCCGCCUGGCGCACUACCUGGAGAAGGCACUCCUAGACAUGCGCACCCUGCUGCAGGGCCAGCCUCCUCGGGCCAAGCUCUGAGCCCCCGGCCUCAGGCCUGCCAGUGCCACAGCCAAGUGCACCUUGGGAUGGGCCACCCACCAGGGCUCAAGUCCUUUGUUCUCUCUUCCCUGGUCCACCCAGACAUGACUGAGCCAGGGACAGCAUCCUCCAGUGGGGCCUGCAGGCCCAAGCCAAGUGCCUUGCAUGGGUUACCCCUAGCACCUGCUGCGGCCUGAGGCCUGGCGCUGAGUCCAAAAGCUGAGCAGGAUGCAAGGCCCAGGCCCCUGAGUAUCAUCCACUGAGGCCACCUCUGGGGAGGAGAACCAGCCUAGCCCAUCCCAGCCAGAGCAGGAGACUGACAAGGGCUCUUUUUCUCACAAUCUUAGCUCUGGCUGCUCCCAGAGGCCACAUGUAUAUCUCCUCCAGGCCAGGCCAGGGCUACACUCUGAUCCCUGAGCUCCCAAGGACCUGCAUCUGGGGCCGAGGGGCUCUGGGCCUCCCCGAGGACUUGCCUCAGCCCAUGCCAUGUCACGGGCCCCAUCCCCUGCAGGGCAGCCACGCUCUUCUGGAUGAUGCGGCCACGAGCCCUGGCCCUCUUGCCUCUACUCAGCUUGGUUCCCGAACCACGUUUAAGGUUGUAUAACACCAGCGUGCAGGGUGAUUAAUAAAGGGGAGAUGUGUUGGACAA